AUGCUAUGUUUUCCCAUCACAGGUAGAACAAAAAACAAAUAUACAAGUGUGAUAAAAUAAAUUCAGCGAACCACCAAAAUGAAGAUAUCUUUUGGUUUCAACACCAUUUUUGUUGUUUUGUCAUGUGCUUGGAUUGCAUAUGCUUCUGAUCCAAGCCAACUUCAAGAUUUCUGUGUUGCUGUUCCUGAUGCCAACUCUGCAGUGUUUGUGAACGGCAAGUUUUGCAAGGACCCCGACAUGGUGGUUGCGGAGGAUUUCCUCAAACAGGGUCUAAACAAUGCCGGAAACACAUCCAACCAGCUGGGAUCGGUCGUGACUGCAGUGAACGUUAACCAGCUUCCGGGGCUCAACACUCUUGGCGUUUCCCUGGCUCGCCUCGACUUCGCUCCUUACGGGAUCAACCCUCCCCACACCCACCCUCGUGCUACUGAAGCUUUCCUCUUGAUGGAAGGCACUCUCUAUGUCGGCUUUGUCACUUCCAACCCUGCCGAUCUCAACCAGAAGAACAAGCUCUUCACCAAGUACUUGAACCCUGGGGAUGUCUUCGUCUUCCCCCAGGGUCUUAUCCACUUCCAGUUCAACGUCGGCAAGACCAACGCUGUAGCAUUUGCAGGAUUCGGAAGCCAGAAUCCGGGUACCAUAACCAUUGCCAACGCUGUCUUUGGGUCGGAUCCUAAGAUCGACCCUGAUGUGUUGGCCAAGGCUUUCCAGGUGGAGAAGAAUAUUAUCGAUUACCUUCAAGCUCAGUUCUGGUCUAACUAUAACUAAAACUUAAGUCUGCCUAAGAUAUACAAACAUUAUAUGUUGUGUCUUUUUAUAUAAUAACUGAAAUAGUCACAACUGCUUGACUUGGAAAACUGUGUUUCCGAGUCAUAUAUAUAUAUAUGUCAUGUGAUGGUGCAAUCUUUGCCCCACAUAAUAAAUAAAGUUCUUCUUGUGUUC